GGCCGCUUACAGAUUCCAGCCUUCUGAUUGGUCCGAGGUGUGCACGUCUUCGUGGCGCGUGCAUGAGUUUUAAAGUUGAUUUAACUUCAACCUUUCUCUUCUAGUCUACCAAACCGCGAGCAUCUCCCACCACAAAUCAAACGAUGAAGUACGCCUGCCUGUUGACGGCCGUGCUGGCCCUUGCUGUGUCCAUUGUGGCAGCGGCAGACAAGAAAGAAGAAUGCCAGUGGCAGUCCGUCAAGGUCAACGAAACAGUUACUGCAGAGGUUACAUUAGACAUUCUAGUGAAAAAUUACGACGCUUCCGGUGACCUCCAUGGCACUCUCAGAAUUGCUCUCUUCGGCGAGACCGUCCCCAUGACCGUCCUCAACUUCUUCAGUAUCUGCAACGGUGUCAAGAGGCCAUCAGGUGAGCUGAAGUACGCCAACACCUACUGCCACAGGUUCAUCAAGGACUUGAACUUCCAAUGUGGUGACACAACAACAGGCGAUGGCUCAGGAGGUAUCUCCAUGUACGGUGACACCUUCAACGAUGAAAACUUCAACAUUGGAAUCAGCGAGAAAGGCACCAUCGCCAUGGCUAACAGAGGCCCCAACACCAACGGUUCUCAAUUCUUCAUCACCUUCAGGAGCUGGCAAUUCCUUGACAACAUGCACGUCGGCUUCGGACAGGUCGUAGGCAAGGAAUCACUGGACUUCCUGGACAAGCUGGCCGAGAUUGAUGUUGAAGACGAUGGUCUGACACCCAAGAAGCGUGUCAAGAUUGUCGACUGUCAAGCCAAGGACGUCAAGAAAUACAAGAUCCAGAGACGUGCCUCAGUCAACGACGACAAAUUCUAGACAUUUCUAACGCCAUCAUUUUGUGUCAAUAGCCAUUUUUUAAUCUUUUCUCAGAUUACAUAACUGUGUCGUCUAAAAGUCGGUGUGUGUGCGUGUGUGCGUGUUCGUGUGUUUAUGUUUGACUAUUACAUUCUCCUAAAGGCGCCAGCCUUGAUUGGUAGACAUGACGUGAGAGAUGAAUUGUGAGCUGUUAUUAGGUCAACAUGGCGCUCGGCGCAUGAUGAUCACGUGAUCACAAAUAAAGAUAAUACUUAGUAUAA